AGAAAAGUGUUUAAAGCAAAGACACGCCCCCUCCCUCCUAUGCCUUUCUUUCUCCCAAAUUCCUCAAAGAUGGUUUGCCUCACGUGCUGCGGGGCGUAAAAAUGACUCGCAUACAAUUAACAGCGAAGCUCCAGGGCGCUGGCGGGACGGGCGUGUGAGGCCGCAGCAACAGAUGCUGGAAGCUCUCUUGGACUGUCCGAAGAAGGGUUUGCAGACACAGGCUGCACACUGCAAGUCAGAGAGCAACGGAUAAGCAGUGGAACCCCCACAACCUCAACCUAGAGGGAGCGGUGAUGGAGACCCGUCGAGCCCUGUGGUUGGCUUGGGCGCUGCUAGGAAUGGCCAGAGCAUGUCCCGAGCCAUGCACCUGUGUAGACAAGUAUGCUCACCAGUUUGCAGACUGUGCGUACAAGGAGCUGCGCGAGGUCCCUGAAGGACUGCCCGCGAACGUGACCACGCUGAGCUUGUCCGCCAACAAGAUUACGGUGUUAAGACGUGGGGCUUUCGCCAACGUCACGCAGGUCACUUCCCUGUGGCUGGCGCACAGUGAGGUGCGCACUGUAGAGUCAGGGGCAUUGGCCGUGCUGAGUCAGCUCAAAAACCUCGACCUAAGCCACAACCUCAUAUCCAACUUCCCUUGGAACGACCUUCGUAACUUGAGCGCGCUGCAGCUGCUGAAAAUGAACCACAACCACCUGGGAUCGCUGCCCCGAGAUGCACUGGGCUCGCUGCCGGACCUGCGCUCCCUACGCAUCAACAACAACCGGCUGCGUACUCUGGAGCCCGGCACCUUCGAUGCCCUAAGCGCGCUGUCCCACCUUCAGCUCUACCACAAUCCCUUCCACUGCAGCUGUGGUCUUGUGUGGCUACAAGCUUGGGCCGCAAGCACCCGCGUCUCCUUGCCCGAGCCUGAUUCUAUAGCAUGUGCCUCACCUCCAGAGCUGCAGGGAGUGCCUGUGCACCGCCUGCCUGCCCUGCCCUGCGCUCCUCCCAGCGUGCGUCUGAGCGCAGAACCCCCGCCAGAAGCGCCUGGCACCCCUCUGCCCGCAGGCUUGGCUUUCAUGUUACACUGCAUCGCGGAAGGCCACCCUACACCCCGCCUGCAAUGGCAACUUCAGAUCCCGGGUGGUACUGUAGUCUUAGAGCCACCGGUCCCCAGCCGGGAAGACGUUGGAGAUAAGGCAGAGGAUGGGGAAGGUGAAGAAGAUAGGGACCUGUCUACUCAGACUGAGGCCCCAACCCCGACUCCAGCACCCGCUUGGCCUGCGCCCCCAGCCACCCCUCGUUUCUUGGCCCUAGCAAAUGGCUCCCUGCUGGUGCCCCUCCUGAGUGCCAAGGAGGCAGGCAUCUACACCUGCCGUGCACACAAUGAGCUGGGUGCCAAUUCGACGUCAGUAAGGGUGUCGGUAGCUGCAGCUGGGCCGCCAAAACACGCUCCUGGAACAGGGGGAGAACCUGAUGCACAGGCCCCAACCUCUGAGCGCAAAGCCACAGCCAAGAGUCGCAGCAACAGCGUCCUGCCCUCCAAACCUGAGGGCAAAACCAAAGGCCAAGGCAUGGCUCGGGUCAGCAUCCUUGGGGAAACCCAGGCGGAGCUGGAGGAGACAGAAGAAGGAGAGCAGGAGGAAGAUCAGAACCCUGCAGAUCCAGUGGAGGAGAAGCACUGUGGCCACGGGGAUCCCGCUCGGUACGUGUCUAACCACGCAUUCAACCAGAGUUCAGAGCUCAAGCCACACGUUUUCGAGCUGGGAGUCAUCGCGCUGGACGUGGCGGAGCGUGAAGCCCGGGUGCAGCUGACGCCUCUCGCUACGCGCUGGGGCCCCGGACCAGAUGGGGUCUCCGGAGCUCGGCGGCCUGGACGCCGGCCCCUGCGCCUACUCUAUUUGUGUCCGGCCGGGGGCGGCGCGGCUGUGCAGUGGUCACGCGUGGAGGAGGGCGUCAAUGCAUACUGGUUCCGCGGUCUGCGGCCGGGCACCAAUUACUCCGUGUGCCUAGCGCUGGCGGGCGAAGCGUGCCACGUGCGAGUGGUGUUCUCCACCAAGAAAGAGCUGCCCUCCCUGCUGGUUAUCGUGACGGUGAGCGUGUUCCUCCUGGUGCUGGCAACCGUGCCCCUGCUAGGCGCCGCCUGCUGCCAUCUGCUGGCCAAACACCCAGGCAAACCUUACCGUUUAAUCCUGCGGCCACAGGCUCCCGAUCCUAUGGAAAAACGCAUCGCCGCCGACUUCGACCCCCGAGCCUCCUACCUUGAGUCUGAGAAAAGCUACCCAGCAGGUGGAGAAGCCGGAGGUGAGGAGCCAGAGGAGGUCCCGGAGGAGGGCCUUGAUGAAGACGCAGAGCAGGGGGACCCAAGCGGAGACCUGCAGAGGGAGGAGAGUCUGGCGGCUUGCUCACUGGUGGAGUCCCAGUCUAAGACCAACCAAGAGGAGUUCGAGGCCGGCUCAGAGUACAGCGAUCGGCUGCCCCUGGGCGCGGAGGCGGUCAACAUCGCCCAGGAGAUUAACGGCAACUACAGGCAGACCGCAGGCUGAGCCCCGAGCACGCCUGUCCUGCCCAAUCCCACCUCUGCCUUGGGUACCUGGUAGCAGACGCCUAGGGAUGGGGAGGGCUUUCCCACCCUCACCGGACCCCACCCCACUCUUACCAACCUUCACUUACUCUGCACCCUUAGCCCUCCCAGCCUUCACUACUAGGGACUUCUAGUAGAAGUGGGCCCAAAUCAGCAGUGGCCGGCCAGGCAUGGUCAUUCUCUCUGCGGGCUCAACCCCUACCCCCACUUAAAGCACAGCCUCGGGCUCCUACCUCUUGUAAAAUACCACCCACUGAUGGCGAGUCCGGGUCUAUGCCCUCCAUUCCAUCAUGAUAAUCUGAGAAGUUAGCCUCUCAACCGGCCCCACCCUGGAAUCUGGAGGCCAGGGGAACUCGACUGUCGCUGACCAUACCUGGUUACAAACGCAGUUGGUUCUGGGAUUUGCCCAGGACCUCCCCUCCACCCCAGGACAUGUCCCCAGCCUAGAGCGCUGUGUUCUCACCUCGACCCUGGACUCCGCUUUUUCAAAGUUGCAUGUGUCAGAGGCAGGCUAAUUUUUGGUCUCAAAACCUCCUCCCUACAGUAACCUUAAUCCCAGUUUCUCUCCAUCCCUACCCCGGCCAAAUUCUUGUCCAGUUGGCGCCAAGCCUGGUGCCUGGGGUGCCAUUGAGCUCCAAGCUCUGAUUUUCUUAUUUUCGUUGUUUUCAAAGACAGCGACUUUUCUGGGUCCGGUGCUAACACCCGCCCCGCCCCCAACUUCUAGGAAACUGGAGUAUCAGGUGAGAGAGAGGAAAUCAUUUUUCUUCCGUUUCCUAAUUUAAAGUUGUCAGACCACACGCCCCUUUCUGUGCAAAGUGCGGGCUUGGUCCCUGGCCAAUUUCGGAGUCUGUGUCUUGCGGUUGCCAGAGACUGGUGGAGCACCACAGUGGCUUCUGCGUCCCUAUCGCGCCCAGACUCCAGCAGGAAAGCUCUGGGGAUGUAGGCAGCCAACUGUGGCUCCCGGGACGCAUCUCUCAAGGGAUCUAGCGCCCUGCUACGCACAAAGCCUGCGCUAGACAACCAGUGGUGCGAAGUUGGGGGGAAAUCCCGGGGUCCUCGCGUAGCCCUGCCCUGCCCCGCCCCUCCUUCCAGAAUAGUGUAGGGCCCGCAGGGCGUGGUCUAUAGAAGUCUGUGUCCUAUAAAGUGUAACCGUGUUGGGUAGGGGGGCGGGAGGGCAGGCGUACGGGAGGGCAGGUGGGCAAGGAAGGAGGGAGGGGGAGGGUGGCCGUGGCGCAGGGACUCUGGCUGGGACUGGUUUUCUUUUUUCUACAAAGCGUCGGGGGUGGGGUUUUCAGCAUACGGACCAGCCCGCUCCGCGAAGUGCAGCACAAGCGUGGUGGCCCCGGGAGGAGUUGCCCCCGGAGCCCACGUCCUUUUUUAAAUGCUUCUGUAUGUAAACAGUCAAUAAAGUAAUCGAUUUG